GAGGCCGAGCUGCGAGGCCACCGGCGGACCUACAUCGGGAGCAUGCCUGGCUCCAUCAUGCAGGCGCUGAGCACCCUGAAGGUGAACAAUCCCGUGAUCCUGCUCGACGAGAUCGACAAGCUCACGCGGAACUCCCACUUCAACCCGUCGGGCGCGAUGCUGGAGCUGCUGGACCCGGAGCAGAACCACGCCUUCAAGGACCAUUACCUGAACACCCCCUUCGAUCUAUCGAAGGUGCUCUUCCUGUGCACCUGCAACGACCUGCAGGCCAUUGACCGCCCGCUGUUGGAUAGGAUGGAGGUCAUCAACCUGUCGGGCUAUACGGUCGAGG